AUGGUGCAACAACCCUCUUCGGCUCAGACCCCGACGAGGCGGAGAUGCAGACGAGAAGGCGCCAAGUGGACACGGUCUGGCUGCUUGACAUGCAAGCGUCGUCGGAAGCGGUGUGAUGAAGCGAAACCCUGCUGUCAUAGCUGCGCCAGAUUGGGCUUGAAAUGUGAGGGUUAUGGCUCAAUGUGGGCAGAGCCUUUAGAUCCAUCGGCAAAUGUCUUCAAUCAGUUCAGAGCACCAAAACGGCGCAGAGUUAGCACAGCAUCUUCUUCAACGAGUUUCUCGCGUGGCCCGGAAGAAGAGCUCUGGCUGUACCCGAGCUCCCCAGUAUCGAGCAGUCUAUCAACAGCGCCAACAACUCCGGCUGAUUCUGACAACAACAGUCUAUACUCUUGGAAUAAUGAAGACAAUGAAUAUGGAGACAUGCAGGUUACAAUACCUAACAUUGACGCCUGCGAUACACUCACCGUCGCUCCACCCAUACCAAGUAGGUACUUUAGUCAUCUGUCGCAUCAUGAUACGCACUAUCUCCAGUAUCACACCGAGCUGGGCUCCAAGCUACUAGCCAACCUUGAGAGUAUCGACAAUCCUCUUCGAUCGUUUCUUAUACCUCGAGCCCUGUCAUCGCCUCUUCUGAUGAAGGCCCUGUGUGCGGUAUCUGCAACGCAUUUUGCAAAUCGGUCCCGGGACAAACAGGAGGCCCAAACAGCCGCGACAGACUACUACGUUCGAACACUGAGUGGGCUGCAGUUGACAAUUGCUAAAUAUUCACCGCGGAGUCUUCCCGAUGAGGCCAUUCUAGCAGUGGCCAUGCUUUGCAAGUACGAGAUCGUACGCGGAAGUGUUCAGCAGUGGACCGUGCAUCUGAACGCCCUGCAAGAGCUCAUAAUGGCUCGGGGUGGAGUUGAUGCUCUCAACGAUGACAUGAGAGAAUUCUUAAGCGGCUUCUACGUCUACGCCUAUAACAUGGCUAGAAUUAACAACCGCAAACACAUCAACUAUGACCUUAACAUUGGCAACGUCAAAAUCUCCAAGCUCGACAUCUACAUCGGCUACGCAGAAGACCUCAUCAAGAUCUGUGCCCGAAUAGCCGACCUCCCCACACUGUCCGAAGACCCUGUAGCUUUGGACCUAGAAGUCCACUCGAUAGACACAUCCCUCCGCGACUGGGCCCCCACCAACACCACAUACAUCAUCCCACGAGGCAUAACUGAAUCAAACCUCGUCCGUCUCCGCAUGGUAGCCAACUGCUUCCGCGACGCCGCAUACCUCUAUCUUCAUUCUACCCUGGAGAGACUGAACCAGGGAAUGGCGUCACCGCCAUCAUUACCACUUGCUACUCCGUUACCAUUGGCACUACAAGCGUCAUCCAAAUUAGUACCGGCGCCAUCACCAUCCAUCUCCCUCCCCCGAUCAACCGCACUACACCAACUUCUAAGCAGAAUCAGGGCUUUCCCACUCGACGAACACUGUGAAUACUCUGCCCUUACAUUCCCACUCUUCAUCGCCGGCUGCGAGAGCAGGGAUCCUGCAGACCAGGAGCUCAUUAUACAGUCAUUGAGUAAGUUAGAGGCGAACUUUGGCAUCGGGAAUACAUUUAAUGAAUUUGAUGUUGACCACCGAGUAACCAGCCUUGAAAGUCGUCAACUAACGCACACUAUUCCGAGCAUUUAG